GCCUGCGAAAUCUGUGCGAGCCCUGCCGCCCGCCCGCGCCGGGAGAGCCAGCCAGAGCCCGGAGCCUGAGCGCCCCCGCCCCGCCGGCCUGGCCAGGCCCCGCGCUAUGGAGCUCCUCUGGGCCCCUCUGCUGGGUCUCUGCUACAGCCUGGCCGCCGCCGACCGCCACACCGUCUUCUGGAACAGUUCGAACCCCAAGUUCCGGAGCGAAGACUACACUGUGCACGUGCAGCUGAAUGACUACCUGGACAUCAUCUGCCCCCAUUACGAGGACGACUCGGUGGCAGCCGCCGCCAUGGAGCAGUACACACUCUACCUGGUGGAGCUGGAGCAGUACCAGCUGUGCCAGCCCCAAUCCAAGCAGCAGGUCCGCUGGCAGUGCAACCACCCCAGCGCCAGGCACGGCCCCGAGAAGCUGUCCGAGAAGUUCCUGCGCUUCACGCCCUUCACCCUGGGCAAGGAGUUCAAGGAGGGACACAGCUACUACUACAUCUCCAAGCCCAUCCACCACACAGAGGACCGAUGCUUGAGGUUGAAGGUGACUGUCGAUGGCAAAACCACUCACAGUCCUCACGCCCAGGACAAUCCGCAGGAAAAGAGACUUGCAGCUGAUGACCCCGAGGUGCAGGUUCUGCACAGCAUCGGUCACAGCGCCGCCCCCCGCCUCUUCCCGUUCGCCUGGGCUGCGCUGCUCGUGCCCAUCCUGCUGCUGCAGACCCUCUGACCUCGGACACCGAGUCUCGCCUGAGGACUGGAACAGGGUUGAGGAGGCAGGCAGGCACCCCUCACCUCUCCUGGGGCCCAGCCCCAGUGCUGGGAACCACUCCCACCAAAUGCACAAGCUGCCACCCAGCAGCCUCAAAACGGGUCAGUAUUAAGGGUUUCAACCCACCGCAGGUCGGCAAGCCUGGUAGUGCCAUCCCUGCCUCCCCCUCGGAAGGACGGACAAAGCGGGACAGUCCUUACCCUGCCGUUCCAGCCUCACACCAAAACCAAAACAAACCAAGCUGUGCAGCCAUGGACUCUUAAGCGCGCGCUGGGAGCUGAGCUGGAAGGGUCCUGGGGUCAUGUGGGAGGACACGGAACUUGGCAAAGAUGCCCCUCCCACGAAGAGCCAGGAUGCCAGGACGGACUGAAGGAGAAGCGGGAGCUCGCUGCCUGCAGCCGGGACAGGAGAGGCAGGAUGCUUGGGCGGCCCCCGCCUCUGCCACCUGCGGAGCGGCCGCGGAGAGAUGUGUAGCCAGCCCGGCACCCUCUGGCACCCUCUGUCCCGGGGCAGCACCGAAAGCUGUGCCCGCAGGGGGGCUGUGCCCACCUUUUCCCGGAGUGUAGCUGUGAGGGCAGGGCCCACGUGUACAGGUGUACAUACAUAUGCUGUGUGUCUGAUUUCUAAAACUGGAAUUUUUUUAUACAUUCUUUGUCUAAAA